AUGGAAAGCGAUUUGGGUGUGAUCUCCGUUGUCUACUUAUCAAUGUUUUUGGACAAUGUACUUUUGACUGUUGUUGUGCCAAUUAUUCCUGAACAUUUAUACAUACAAUGGAUCACCAAUACAACGAAUUUUGUAACUAAUGUAACUAGAAUAGAUCAACCGCUUCUUCCUAGUUCAUUGAUCAAAAUGAAAUUGCAAACACUGGAAAAUGAAAACGAGGCAAUAGGCGCCUUGUUGUCUUCAAAAGCUAUAGUCCAGUUGUUUAUGAAUCCUUUGGUGGGCAUUUUAACAUCAUACGUCGGGUACAACUUACCAAUAUUUCUUGGAUCAAUUCUUUUGAUUGUAAUAUCAGUUUUGUUUGCGUAUGGAGAGACUUUCGUUUCAUUACUGGUUGCUAGAAGUCUUCAAGGCACUGCUUCAGCAUUGAUCAGUGUUUCUGGUAUGUGUUUAAUUGCUGAUCAAAAUCAUAUGUCAGAUUUAAGACGCAGUAAAGUAAUGGGUCUAGUCAUGGGAAGCAUUGCCUUAGGCGUUUUGGUCGGUUAUCCAUUUGGUGGCAUACUUUAUUAUUUUGUUGACAAGUCGACACCAUUUAAUGUAAUAAUAUGUGCCAUAACAUUCAAUUUAGGUCUACAACUUUAUGUUUUUAAUUUUAAUCUCAUACAAAAAGUAAAUUCAUUCAAGGAGAUAUUGCAAUUAAAACAAACAAAUAAUGAUAAACAUCAGUCUCACUUUAACAAUGGCAACUGGAAAGAUCUCCUAAAAGAUGGGUAUAUCCUGUUAAUCAUUUUUUCUAUUUGUCUAACGUCAUCUGCCAUGGCUAUUUUGGAACCGUUUUUACCAAUUUGGCUCAUACAAAUUAUAAACCCAGAAAAAUGGCAGUUGGGUACGGUUUUCAUUCCAGAUAGUCUUGGCUAUUUGAUUGGCACGAAUUUCUUUGGCACAUUGUCGUACACAAUGGGACAAUGGAGAAUGGCAGUAUUAGCAACUCUGCUAGUCGGCAUAUCCGCGAUUAUGAUUCCGGCUGCCACGACGACAAUAGGGCUUGUUUGCCCACACUUUGGUCUGGGCCUGGGAAUAGGAAUAGUAGACUCUGCUCUGGUCCCCAUGUUGGCAAAUCUAGUGGACACCAGACAUCCAAACGUACAUUACGGAUCGGUAUACGCACUUCAACAAACGGCCGUCAGUCUAGCAUAUUCCGUUGGUCCUAUUUUCGGCGGUCAAGUCGUUAAAAGUGUUGGAUUCCCGUGGUUGAUGAGAACUGUAGGCAUCAUAAACAUAUCUUAUUGCGGCCUGUUAGUGUUUUUAAGUAAAGUUUCGAACGAAAAAACAGAGAAGAUUAACAAUGAUACAUUUAUUCCCAAUUAUAAGUCCACAAGUGUUGUAUCAUUCUUUAACAAACCUAUCGCUUACACAAAACUCGAUGAAAUGGAUGAAAAUAAUUGA